UCAGGGAGAUUAAAUGUAAUCGCGCGCAAGAGAGUGAUGGAAUGAGAUUGGCACCAGAACAGAUUCUUCUUCAAUCCAAUCCUUCAUGGCUCCAUCCGUUACAUGUUUUUUCUUUUUCCCAAAACUAACGUAAGUAUAUGGAGGAUUUGAUAAAACAAGUGCACACGCAACUUAUGUGCAAAGGUGGCCCAAAAAAGAAGAAAGAUUCCCCCAAUUCCCCUCCCACUCACUCCCUCACCUAAAAAUUACCUUUUUCUUUUCUUUUCCUUUCUUCUCACUCUCACGCACGCAUUCAUUCUCACUGCAUUAUUAUUCUCUCAAUCAUCAUUUACAAACCAUUUCUGUUUUCCUUUCAUGGUUUUAUUGUAUUCCUAUUUCGCUUCCGAUUAGGGUUCCACCGCUUCUCUUCUUCCAACCAUGUCGCCGGCGGCGCCCAAUGCUGCCGAGUACUCGUUCGCCGUCGAGUACGACGGCCCGCCGCUAACUUGCGACCUCCCUAGGGCGGUUCCGAUCAGCGUCGACAACAUUCCGGUCGCCGCCGUCGUUUCCCAGGUUCCUCUCUCCGACGCUUUAUCUCUACCGGUCGUGCAGCCGCUCCUGCUGCCGCAACACCACCAGCCCCUCCGAACCGAAGCUAGGGUUUCCAAGAUAGCGUCCGAAACUACGGUCUCUCCCACCUCCGUGAUCGCGUUCGAGCACCGAGCUUCGCAGAGCAACGUUGGCGAGCUCUCCGGCGAGCUGAGCAGCUCUGGCGCGUUCGAGUUCUCCACCGGGAACGACGGCUCCGGCGAAUUGUCCGAUUUGGGGGGAAGUUCGAGAGUGCUGGAAGAAACUAGAAGCUCUAGUACCGUUGAGUUUUGGGACAAGUCAGGGAGAAGUUCUGGCGCGUUGAGGGUUUUGGAAGACGGAAAAGAGAGUUUGGAUUUCAACGAGUUGAAUCAGCAAGAUUGGGCGUCCACUGAGUCAGUGCUGAGUUUGGAGUAUCCAUCAACUCGGGUUUCUUCUCUCAAGGCUGAGGAUAUCGAUGCCAAACGUCCCCCUAUUGUUACUUUCGAUGUGGACACUGAUGAUGCGUUGGAUGAGGAGUUUGAUGUGGACGACACUGUGAGUAAUAAACCUGUUAAAAGGGCACCUCUCACGAAGGGGAAGAAAGGGUCUUGUUAUAGGUGCUUCAAGGGGAGUAGGUUUACUGAGAAAGAGGUUUGUCUCGUCUGUGAUGCGAAAUAUUGUGGUAAUUGUGUGCUUAGAGCUAUGGGGUCUAUGCCCGAGGGGAGGAAAUGUGUGACUUGCAUUGGAUUCCCGAUUGAUGAAGCCAAAAGAGGGAGUUUGGGGAAGUUCUCUCGGAUGCUCAAGCGUUUGCUUAAUGACUUGGAGGUUCGCCAGAUUAUGAAGGCUGAGAGGUUUUGUGAAGCGAAUCAGCUUCCACCUGAGUAUGUUUGUGUGAAUGGACAUCCACUUUCUUAUGAGGAAUUGGUUACGUUGCAGAACUGCCCCAACCCUCCGAAGAAGCUGAAGCCAGGAAACUAUUGGUAUGAUAAAGUAUCUGGCCUUUGGGGGAAGGAGGGACAGAAGCCUUCACAAAUUAUUAGUCCGCAUCUGAACGUUGGAGGCCCCAUCCAACCGGAUGCUAGCAAUGGAAACACUCAGGUUUUCAUCAAUGGUCGGGAAAUAACUAAAGUGGAGCUUCGUAUGUUGCAGUUGGCAGGAGUUCAGUGUGCUGGCAACCCACAUUUUUGGGUCAAUGAGGAUGGUUCCUACCAAGAAGAGGGGCAGAAGAAUACAAGGGGAUAUAUAUGGGGAAAGGCUGGAACGAAGCUUGUAUGUGCUUUCCUGUCCCUGCCAGUUCCUUCUAAAUCUUCAAAUUCUUUGGGAGAACAACCCUCCAGUCUGGCUAGCAGAACAAUGCCUGACUACCUUGAGCAUGGGAUAGUUCAGAAGCUUCUCUUAGUUGGUUGCAGUGGAUCUGGAACGAGCACUAUUUUUAAGCAGGCCAAGAUUCUGUACAAAAGUGUCCCAUUCUCAGAAGAUGAGCAUGAAAAUAUAAAGUUGAUCAUUCAGAGUAAUGUUUAUGCCUACCUUGGCAUGCUGCUCGAGGGACGUGAGCGUUUUGAAGAGGAAAGUUUGGGGGAUUUAAAAAAAAGGCAAUCAUCUGUACAAGAUACCACAGGAACUAGUCCAAGGCUUGAUGAGAAGACUGUAUAUUCCAUUGGUCCAAGAUUGAAAGCAUUCUCUGAUUGGUUACUGAAAACUAUGGUGUUGGGCAAACUUGAUGCCAUCUUUCCAGCUGCUACUCGUGAAUAUGCACCAUUGAUUGAGGAAUUAUGGAAUGAUGCUGCCAUUAAGGCUACAUACGAAAGGAGAAGCGAAUUAGAAAUGCUGCCUAGUGUUGCCGGUUAUUUCUUAGAGCGGGCUGUUAAAAUAUUAAGGACAGAUUAUGAACUCUCUGAUUUAGAUAUCCUUUAUGCCGAGGGAGUUACUUCAUCUAAUGGGGUGGCUUGUGUGGAGUUUUCAUUUCCCCAAUCAGUGUCUGAGGAAACUGUUGACACUACCGAUCGAUAUGAUUCUUUAGUCAGGUAUCAACUAAUUAGGGUGCAUGCAAGGGGGCUAGGAGAAAAUUGCAAGUGGCUAGAGAUGUUUGAGGAUGUUGAAAUGGUCAUCUUCUGUGUUUCCUUGACUGACUAUGAUCAGUUUUCUGUUGAUGGCAACGGUUGUCUCACUAACAAGAUGGUACUAAGCAGAAAGUUUUUUGAAACCAUUGUCACUCAUCCAACCUUUGAGCAAAUGGACUUCUUGUUGAUAUUGAACAAAUAUGAUCUGUUUGAGGAGAAAAUCGAACAAGUUCCUUUGACCGAGUGUGAAUGGUUCUCUGAUUUCCAUCCAAUAAUCAGUUGCAAUCGUCCCAACAGCAAUAGCAACAGCAUUAAUAAUAAUCCCUCCCUUGGUCAGCUGGCUUCACAUUACGUAGCGGUUAAGUUUAAAAGGCUUUAUUCAUCUCUUACAGGACGAAAGUUGUAUGUGUCCCUGGUGAAGGGGUUGGAGCCUGGUAGUGUUGAUUCAUCACUUAAAUACGCCAAGGAAAUUUUGAAGUGGAGCGAAGAGAGACCAAACUUUAGCUUGAGUGAGUACUCGAUGUAUAGCACUGAGGCGAGUUCAUGCUCUCAUUGAUUGCUAAUUCAGGCAAGAGUUGCAAGCCAUACUUAUGUAUGGCUUGAUAUCUGUUCGUGUACAUAUACUGCUAACUGAGAGUAAAAUGGAUGGUUUCCUCUACUAGCUAUCCACUUGUAUGAUUCGCUAGACGUAGACACAUGUAGGUAAGGUUUCCAGCGAUUAGAGUAUGCUGGUGAGUCAGUCAGCACAUACCACAGAUCAUGGUGUAAUGCUCAAAUUCAUUUUUUAUUUUUCAUAUUGUAAGGUAGCAACUUGAUGAUAAAUUUGUAUAUCACUUUUAGUCGGUCUGUCAACUUACAUUGGAGUUGCAAACCUGCAUCUGCGUGCUAGAAAAUACAUGAUGUAUCACGGCGGUAUAUCGUUCAAGCCUAA